AUGAGUUCGUUGUCAAAUGAAGUCCUAAGAGCCCUGGACUCAAUAUGCAGCUCGAAUGUUGAACAGAUGAAACGGGCUGAACGUGAAUUAACCGCGUGGGGAUCUUCAAAGGACCCGAAUUACAUCAAGAUAUUAUUUGAAAUCGUCAAUGGCGAGUCGACAUCCCCUGGAAGACUAGUGGCUUGUAUUCAGUUGCGAAACAUUGUAAAGAGAUCCUUAGGUGAGUUGCAGAACCUGGAAACCGGAGCGGCGCAAGACGAGGCGGUGAUGAAGGUUGCGAUGGAUGAGGUGGUGGGGAGUUGCGUGAAGCUGUCUGGCCAGGAGCAGUUGUUGUCGUACAUGUUGGAGAUAGUUAAAUUGGUUGCAGAGGACUACUUUCCGCAGGAUUGGCCGGAGCCUCUAUCAUACUUGAUGACGAAUUUGGUUGUGCCGUUCUACACUACAGCUAGUGAAGCUAUAGGUGACCCGGCCGGAAUUUCCAAGAUAGAUCCAGUCGUAAUGGAGAAAACGGUGGCUGCCUUCUUGGUGUUGAAGGCGUGCUUUUCAAAGUACGACUAUGUAGGGAGUACCCCGGAACUAUUGUCAAAUUUGGCGAAGGUGUUGCAUUUUUGUCAAACACCAAUUCUGAAUUGUUUCAAACUAGCGGCAGUGGUUCUGGUGAAAUUCCCUAUGGUGGAUGUUAAGGUGUACCAGUGGUGGAUGAGCAUUUGCACUUCUGCCCUACAAUGUAUAGUUUCCUUCCACCACGUGGAUUUGCCGGAGUACUUCGAAGACCACUUGCAAGAGCUGAUGGAGGUGGUAAGUCACUGCUUCUUGGUCUCGGUGAGCGAGUCGUAUAUGGAUCAGAUUCCGCCGGGUAAGAAUGCCGACAGCCCGUACGCCUCCGAUCUGCUGAAGACUGCCUGUUGCAAAUUGCUUUAUUGUUAUGUGUCUCGGUACACUGAUGAAUUCUUACCGUACAUUGUGAAUAUGACAGUGGACUUGGUCAAUUGUCUGGACAAGCUGCCAGUUGAGCCGCACACUGAAGAUGUCUUCACCCACGGGUUGGAUGUGUUGAAGAAAGCUGCGUACUACAGAUGGCCGGAAGAUGUGUACCCUUUUAAUCCUAAUACGGAAGCGGGGAGCGCUACAUUACGGACUGUGUUGAACGGGAUUAUUCCGAAACUGAUGUUGCUCAAAGCCGAUGAUUUGCAGGACAUCGAGGAUGAUCCGAUGCAGUUUAUACAGCGGGACAUAGAGGGUCAACAGCGUGUUACGCGGCGAGAGAAUUUACGAGAGUUAAUUACUACCCUCAUUACGAGGCAGCCAACCGUCGUGGGUCCCCAGUUGGUGGCAUUGUGUGGCCGGUGCAUUUCCCAAGGGACCGAUCCCCUCUCUCAGGAGUGUGCCUGUUUCCUGCUUUCGGCUAUUUGCACGGAGACACAAACGCGUGCUCGAGGAGUCACAAAAAUCCGUGGCGAGGAAGAUAUGAUGCGCUUUAUAGACUCCAAGGUACUCCCCACCCUAUUGUCGCCGGCUGUGGCCUCCGGAGCGGGUAGUCUGAUUCACGCCACCUAUUUCAAGUUUGCGACUCUGUUCCGAAACUUUAUCCCCGUGGAGUACCUGGAAGCGAUCGCCGAUAUUGCUGUUCAAAAGGUGGUAGAAGGCACGUCCAUUGUGCCCUCCUACGCGGCCGAUUAUCUCACGCAUGUUAUGGCCUUGAAGCAGAAGCCCAAUGGCGACGGCUACGCCUCCGAAUCAUAUAUUCGAAUAAACAGCUACAUUCCCAAAUUAUGUCUUACUCUGCCGGUAGUUGUCGAUGUUCUAGCCAACGAUCUGGAGAAGAUUGAAGACGAAUUUUUGGUCAAGUACUUUUGGAGUUUAGCAGCCGUGUGUCCGUUGCCUCCUGCCGACUAUAUCAGUUUCCUGAAGAAGGUUUUAGACAUGGUUAGGUCCUACGUGCUCAAGGGAAGAAAUCCGCGAAUAAGGCACUUUUUGUUUGAGAUUGUCGGCAGCCUUGUGAAGCAAGCGCCGACCAUUCAGGGCGCGGUGGGCAUGACGGCCAAUGCGGCGACCCCGAACACGUCCGCUACAUCGUCGCAGCAGUCAUCUCCGUCGGCUGGGAAACGUGUGGGUCUUGCGGACUUGGUUCAAUUCCACGCGUAUGUGGCCACCAUACUAGAGGAAAUGCUCCAGUCGGAGGAGACAGGUCUGCACCCGUACUGCUACCAAAUUCUAGCCGGCUUGAUUCAGACUCUACCAAGCAUCUAUACGAUGGACGAGUUCUACGCCUUGGACCCGCCCCAAGCCAUGACUUCAACCACCACCAAGCUCACCAACUUGGGUCAGGACCAGACGGCCGCACAGGAUGUUGGUUCAUCCUUAUCUGCCUUAAAGCAAUUGUACUUCCCGAUGUUACAGGGACUUAUGAGCCAGUCCAAGUGGACUUCUGAUGUGGCCAGUGCUAACGGUUUGAGCGAAUGUGUGUGCGCUUAUAUUCCGCGCAUCUUCCUCUAUGACGAUGCCCGAGAGCCUAUGAUGAAAUCCUUCCUCGAUGGCUUCAAUAUCGCUUUCCACCAGCGAAGAGUUAGCAAGCAACUGAGCUCUAAGAUCCUGCUGCACGUCUUGGCUUCAUUUAGCCCAACCGAACUCGGAUCCUGGACGCCAAAAAUCAUCGGCAUUUUAAUGCCGCAAAUGAUGGACACAAGCUCAAUGGUCGCCGCCUGCAUCUGCAUCCUGCAAUAUCCAACCCUUGUCGAAGUCGUCAACCAAAACUGCGGGCUGGAUUCGCUCCUACGAAGCAUGCUAAAGAUUUGCGACCGACCUAUCGCGCUGCAUGACAAGUUUGCCAUCAAACUCGCCUGUGAUGUAAUUGCAGCCAACCACAAGGAACGAGACCUGCCCCGACAGAUUUAUGACGCGCUCCAAAAAAACAUUACCAUUGAAAGGAAACAACGAGAGGAGCAACAACUUACUGACCAAAAUUUCGAUGAUACUUCUUACAAUGUGUUGGCCUCCGUUCGCGACAUAAGUGGAACAAAAAAUGCCAUCAGAAGAAUCCUAGUCAACAAACAAUUGGUAGAUCUCGCAUCUUUAUAA